CAUCCGAGGAAGGAGCCAUCCCCACUGAACCGCAGCCAUGAAUUUCCUCAGGCGGCGCCUCUCCGACAGCAGCUUCGUGGCCAACCUGCCCAAUGGCUACAUGACCGACCUGCAGCGCCCAGAGAGCUCCACCAGCUCCCCCGCCUCCCCGGCCAUGGAGAGGAGGCACCCCCAGCCCCUGGCAGCCUCCUUCUCCUCCCCGGGGUCCAGCCUCUUCAGCUCCUUCUCCAGUGCCAUGAAGCAAACGUCACAGGGCCCUGUGGGGCUGGCAGAGCCCCCCACGCCCUCCACACCCAUGGUCCAAAGACCCAGGGUCCUGUUGGUGAUUGAUGACGCUCACACAGACUGGUCGAAAUAUUUCCACGGGAAGAAGGUGAAUGGAGAGAUCGAGAUUCGAGUGGAACAGGCAGAAUUCUCAGAGUUGAACCUGGCAUCUUAUGUAACUGGGGGCUGCAUGGUGGACAUGCAAGUCGUGAGGAAUGGGACAAAAGUUGUAAGAUCCUUCAAGCCCGACUUCGUUCUGGUCCGUCAGCACGCCUACAGCAUGGCACUGGGCGAGGAUUACCGAAGCCUGGUGAUCGGCCUGCAGUAUGGAGGGCUGCCUGCGGUCAACUCCCUCUACUCCGUCUACAACUUCUGCAGCAAGCCUUGGGUGUUCUCUCAACUCAUCAAGAUCUUCCAUUCCCUGGGUCCUGAGAAGUUCCCACUCGUAGAACAGACAUUUUUCCCCAACCACAAGCCAAUGCUUGCAGCCCCGCACUUCCCCGUGGUGAUCAAGCUGGGACACGCCCAUGCCGGCAUGGGAAAGAUCAAAGUUGAAAACCAGCAUGACUACCAGGACAUCACCAGUGUGGUGGCCAUGACCAAAACCUAUGCCACCACCGAGGCCUUCAUCGACUCUAAGUAUGACAUCCGCAUCCAGAAAAUCGGAUCCAAUUACAAGGCAUACAUGAGGACCUCCAUCUCCGGAAACUGGAAAGCCAACACAGGCUCAGCCAUGCUGGAGCAGGUGGCCAUGACAGAGAGGUACAGGCUCUGGGUGGACAGCUGCUCAGAAAUGUUCGGUGGCCUGGACAUCUGUGCCGUUAAAGCCGUCCACAGCAAGGACGGUAGAGAUUACAUCAUUGAGGUGAUGGACAGCUCCAUGCCUCUGAUUGGAGAGCACGUGGAAGAGGACAAACAGCUGAUGGCCGACCUUGUUGUCUCCAAAAUGAGCCAACUUCUGAUGCCAGGGUGCACAGUGCCCUCCCCCCUGAGACCCUGGGCUCCGCAGAUGAAACCUGCGAAAUCCCCUGGGCAAAGCCAGCUGGGGCCUCAGCUGGGGCAGCCCCAGCCACGCCCCCCUCCACAAGGGGGCCCUCGUCAAGCUCAGUCUCCUCAGCCACCCAGAUCUAGAAGCCCCUCCCAGCAAAGGCUCUCCCCGCAGGGCCAGCAGCCUGUGAGCCCCCAGUCUGGAUCUCCUCAGCAGCAAAGGUCCCCUGGCUCUCCACAGUUAUCUCGGGCCUCGGGUGGUAGCUCUCCAAACCAGGCCUCCAAGCCAGGCACCAACCUCGGCUCACAACCCCGGCCCCAUGUGCAAGGCCGCAGCACCUCCCAGCAGGGUGAGGAGCCCCAGAAACCAGCACCACCACAUCCCCAUCUCAACAAAUCCCAGUCAUUGACCAACAGCCUGGGCACAUCAGAUGCCACCCAGCGUGGGGCUCCGAGUGAAGACGAGGCCAAGGCCGAGACCAUUCGCAACCUGAGGAAGUCCUUCGCCAGCCUGUUCUCUGACUAGCCCUGCUCAGGCCGGUGAAGGCAGGAGAGCAGGAGACUCUCCCCCCACUCCUGCCUCCUCUUUGGCCUUGGCUCCUGGCAGGAACAGAUGGAGGGCCAGGGAACAUACAUCCUAAACACCCUGGACCCACGAUGCGAUCAUCCAUGUGUGCCCAUUCUCCAUUACUGUGGCAUUGAGAUGCUAUCUGCCUUCACCAGUGAGCCCCAGAGAACAUCUAGGCCCCUCAACACAGGCCUUCCAGAGAAAACUGGCAACACCCCGCCUACCCACCAUGCCUGCUCCCCAUCCCGAUGCCAAGUGACAUGUCCUCACGUCUGCUGUUCACAUUUUUGUUUUUGCUUGCCUUUGAGCCUUCUCUUCGGGGCCUUCCUUUUGGGGCCUCCUUUCCUUCAACCCCCCCCCCCCCUCCACCAAAUGCAGAUGCUGUCAUUGGACCUCAGCAACCUAGGAGGCGAAUAUUUUUUGAAGUGUUUUUCCACAACCAAGAGAAAAGUGCAUCCUGGGAAUCUACCCUCCCACCCACCCCCACUCCCCCCACCGAGACUCGCCCUUGGACAGAGCAAGCAGGAGCCUCAUCCCAC